GCGGCCCGCUGCCUGUGUUGAGGUCGAUCUUCUUUCCUAAAUAUUGUUUGUAAUAUACUUUUCGAUAAGUUUAAGGUGACCCUAAACAUUACCUUUGAUAUCUGCAAGAUUUUUGUAUUUAUCUUUAUCUUUAAAACAUUAGAAAUUGUGUUGAGCAAAGAUUUAUCGGAGUGACAGAUGUUUCAGUGAUAAAUCGCGCCAGUUUUCGACUAAUUUCAUAAAAAUUACUUAAAAAUGGAAGAAUCGACUGUCCAAAAUGUGUCUGACGUUGAUACCGAAAACCGAGUAACAGAUCCGGUUGUGGAGCGGGCUGAUGACAUCUUGGAAGCUGUGGAUACUUCCCAAUCCUUGUUUCCUGAGAGCCCGGUGUAUGAACCCAAUGAAGAAGUUGAUUCUGGAAUCCCUGAGAAGGAGAACAUAUCGGAAGAAUUAGAAGCUACAGGUGAUCCGCCAAUAACAACGGUUAAAAGAAAACUCUCCGAAGAAGUUCUUGAAAGUGAUGCAAAAGUACAAAAAUUAGAAAUCAUAGAUAUAACCGAUGAAACUAUGAUAUCUACUCAAAAUUUAGACGAUGAGGUAUCCGAAAUUACUGCAACUGAACAAAUAGAAGGAAAACCUACUACCUCAAGAUUGCGUACUCCAAUUGAGUCCAGUCCAAUGAAAAUCAAACGCAGCAACAGUGUGGAAGUAAAAACGAUUAGUACACCAAAGAUAAAAAGAUCUGCAAGUGUUGAUAUUACUAAAUCACCAAGUAAAGUCAAAAUUAAUCUAAAUGAAAUCCCAACAUCAGAUUCCAUACAAACUAUUAGUAUGGAUUCAUACAGUUCAAGACCCAGCGUUGAAUUUGUGUCUGAAAUACCUUCAAUUAAAAUACCAGAGACAAUUGUUGAAGAGAGCUCUGAAAUUAAUGAUUCACAAGAUUUUCAUUUACAACUUUCACCUACUUCUGAUAUUGAGGCAACUGAACAAAAACCAGAAAGCAAAACCCAUUAUAAUAGUGACCCUGUGGUAGUUAAAAAUAGAGAAGAGAUUCUAGAUCCAGGUAAAAUUCAACCUUCGAGAAGCGAAGGAUACAAUUACUCUGAUUUGAGUAGCAAUUUGUCUCAAACACUCCCAAAAGAUUAUAAUAAAGGUAAAUCUACAGACCAAGAAAGCACCGAUAGCGCCUGUUCUGUUAUCUUAGACAGCCCUGAACAUUUACCUAGCGUGCCUUCAAAACUAAUUUCUAAAUUAUCCAAUGGAAACUCUUCCACACCAACAGAAAUACCUCAUACGAAGCAUAUAGAAGACAGCGAUGGUACACCUGAUUAUGUUAAACUAAAUGGUAGAAAAAUGAAAAAAGGUAAAAAUGAAUCUUUCAGAGCUAGCAACACUACGACACCAUCGACAAUAUCUCCUCUACAAAAUGGCCACUCAUUACCCAUGAGUACACCGCAGAUACCAUCAUUCGAUAUCCAUGUCAGUCACAAUGAAGACUUUGAAUUCUUAUCAUUGUACAUCGUUAGAACUGACAAUGAUACAGGAAUAGAAAUGUGUAAAGAGUACCAGAGAGUUUCGAAGAAGUUCUCCAUAGAUCCGUACUUGGGAGACGUGUCCAUUAGUACAUCACCAUCCAGUGUUACCAGUACGGGAAUGUUAAAUCUACCGAAUAGAAUCUCUUUCGCAUCUACCGUCAGUUCAUCAUCGACUUCAAGUAAUAGAACAAGCGAUGGAGCAUUUGUUGUUCCUCAACCACCAAGAAAAUCUGUUUCAAACCCGAGUGUGUCCGUCAAAGGAUAUGAUGCUUUAAUGAAGAAGUUACACGACAUAUUUUCGCACCUCCGAGACACUUCAAUAGAUGAAGGGAAUCGUUCUCUAGCCGAAGAUAAAGUAUCCAUUGGCAUCCAAACAUUAUCAAGUGAAACUAUCAGUAAUGGGAAUGCUAGUCCUGAUGAAGUCAGUAAAUGUGAUAAAGCAACGCCUAAGAGUUCAUUAAAAAAGACCCGAGUUAGAGGUCGCAGACAUAUGAGCAAUAAGACCAAACGGGCAAUAUUACCAACUCAAACCGAAGAACCUGAACACAUGCAUGGUAUGAAUUCACCAGAAAUGGUGCCAACUAACGGAGACAGUGGGAAAAUAUCACCAAUAAAAUCUCCUAAAGACGAGAAACCGUUAUCAACUUUAGUGGGAACACCAAAAUCUAUUAGUAAAUUGAAACAAAAACGUCGUCCAACAUCUCCAAGACCGGCCACUCCUGUAGAAAAGGUUAUAACUAAACCAGAAUAUCCCGGUUACCCUCCGGACACGGUAGUCUUAGCUAAAUGGGUUGAUAAACGUUAUUACUCCGGUAAAGUACUAGAAAUUACUGAACCUAAUAAAUAUUUGAUUAAAUUUGAUGACGGACAAAGUAAAGUAUUGUUGGAUGAAUUUAUAAUAUUCGGUGAUAUGAAGAAGUUACCAUUGCAAGGUCAAUCUGUGUAUGCUUUGGUAGAUGAGGAACAGAAUUAUGAGCCGGGACUAGUCCUCGGUGUUGAAGAGAACGAUAAUGGCACUGUUACUUAUAAAUGCACUACUGAUGGUAUUGACACAACAGUCAUGGUGACAGCAAGUGAGUUGUACUUGACGGAAGAUCAGGCGAGAUCCAUCAAGGAGACCUCUAGGUCCAGGUCCCCCACCGCGCCCUCUACACCCAGGCGACGACACAACAGGGAACUAGAUCUAGAUAAUAUUAUACAGGGCCCGCGAAGUGCACGUACUCGAGACAAGGGAAACUCUAGCGCAAGAAAACGUGUCGCCUCACCAAAGAGCCCUAAAGCAUCUACAUCAGGUGUGAAGACAAAAAGUACUCCAGUAAGUAGAAAACGUUUAGCGAGCGAAAGUAGUGAGAUCAGUGAGAGUUCUAACUCAGCUCCGCCGACACGACUCGAGGAAGUGGCCGGUGUUGAACCCGAGGUGCAGAGGACUCCCAGGAAGAUCGAUGGUGUUAAAGCCGGACCUCUACAAUUAAAAGGCGCGGCGAAGCAGAACAUCGGCAAGAAAAAUUCCAAACUUGCAAAGUUCGAGAAUGACGCGGACACAUGCAACACGCUCGGACCAAUUGUACGCGACACCAAACUGUUUGAGGGGCAACACUUCCUGCUUACUUGUACUGACACACCCAGACGAGAGGCCAUGCCAAAGUUCCAAGAAAGUCGUCACUAUUCGUCAGAAGAUGACAGCGAGGCGACGUCAGCGCUUACAGGAACUGAUACUGAGGACCUGGUGUUCUGCGAUAAGCCAUUUAACAAGGAGCGACUUAAGGAGCAGUUGGAGGCCGGUGGUGGAAUUGUACACAGUCAUUUCGACGACGUGCCAAAGAGCAAAUAUUCUGUAUGCAAGCUGAUCGCCCCACGGCCGUGCCUCACCGCAAAGUAUAUCCAGUGCUUAGCCGCUGACAUCCGGGCACUGUCUCACGGCUGGGUCAUAUCCAGCUGUCUGCAGCAAACAACACUGGAUACUGACGCAUUCGUUUUGCCAGCUGGAUGGUCGAUACUGAAGGAUUCGUUCAUUAAUUGGGUCCCACCAUCAGGCAAACGUAAUUCAACAUUCUUCAAAGACAAAGUCAUCCUGUUAUGUUGGGAACAGGACACAUUCGUUAAAUUCUGGGAGAGAGUGGCAACCCUAGCGGGGGCCACCACCAGGGUUGUCAAUGAGGAGAACCUGAACAUGUCAGGAGCAUUUGCCUUGGUCACUGACUGUGAUUGUCCUCACGAGGUCCAGAAUAAGGCGAAUCAAGACAACAUUCCGUUAGUGUCCACAACUUGGGUUGUUCAAUGCCUGAUUGAGGCAAAAGUGCUCGCUCCUACCAGCCACGAUAAGUUUUCAUUUAUGUAUACGGAGCUCGAAUGAUCCUGGGACUUCAAAAAGAUCCUCAUUAUACGUGAUUUUUGACACUAAAGAGGUUUCUUUACGAUAGUGACGUUCAGUGAUUAGUGAUAAGUGAUGUGUCCCGAGUGGAAUAACACUUUAUUGGUAAGUGAUGUGAAUUUUGUUAUUUCUUUUUUUAUUUAAAUAUAUUUAAUAGCUUUACAAUAUUAUGUGCG